GAAAAGUUUCAACACAACUAUACCACGGCGCAUGUAAGGAUUGGUUUUUCAAGUGGAAGAUGUCCGGCGGCUGGAAUACGAUCGAGUCCGACGCGGGCGUGUUUACGUAUUUGCUCGAAGGCCUUGGAGCCCAAUCGGUACAGUUUGAGGAGCUCUUCGCUCUAGAUGCGGACUAUCUCAAACAGCUCAGUCCAGUGUAUGGUGUCAUCUUUCUGUUCAAGUGGUUGUCCGAUGGCAAAAACGGCAACGAGCCCUCAGACGGAACCUUCGACGACGACGCAGCAGAGAACAUUUUCUUCGCCGCGCAGACGAUACAAAACGCAUGCGGGACGCAGGCACUGCUGUCGGUGCUGUUAAAUCAGGAUGACAAGGUCGACAUAGGACCUCAUCUGCGGAAGUUCAAAGAUUUCACGUCCGGUUUCCCAGCAGAAAUUCGUGGAGAGGCGCUCUCCAAUUCAGAGCUCAUUCGCGAGGUACACAACUCCUUUGCCCGCGCGUCGCCCUUUGUGGACGAAACCCAACGCCUCGCGACCGAUGACGACGACGUCUACCAUUUCAUCGCUUACACGCCCAUCAACGGCAUCCUCUACGAGCUCGACGGCUUGAAUCGAGCCCCAAUAUCACACGGCCCAUGUUCGUUUGAAGACUUUCCUACGAAGGUAGUUCCGGUCAUACAGCGACGAAUAACACGCUAUCCAUCUACCGAAAUCAGGUUCAAUUUGUUGGCGAUGAGGAAAGACCCGAGAAUAGCGGCGAGGAACAUUGGAGACAUUGACACACUGAGGAACGAAGAGCGGAAACGGAGCGAGUGGCAGUGGGAGAAUGCGCUCAGGCGCCACAACUUUGUAGGCUUCAUCGGCGAGCUUGCCAAGGGCGUCGUACGGAACAAACUUCAGGAAGGCGAUCAGGCGUACGAUGCCUGGGUGGAGGCAGCCAAGGCAAAGACAAAGACUCGGAUGAUGGAGAGACGGUAGAUAAUGGACGCUGCCUGACGGCAACACGCAUGAUUAAGGGUGCUGCAAAAAAGAAUUGACGUCCUUCUCGUACGGUAGGUCAUUUUCAUCAUGAAGAGGCAACGACGGCCGCCACUGCUCAGAGUAGAAGAUCUCGUAACUCGACUUACCCGGCCCGUCACUCUGGACAGCGUCACACGCAAACGGCAGCUUAGUCAAGUCCAAUCAACAAGAGGAAGACAAAAUCUGUCAUGUCCAAAAACGACCACGCAAGUCGGUGGCACAAAUGGCUGAAGGCCGACCGUAGCUAACCGCUUGACAGAAGGUGCUACAAAAUGGCUUUCUCCACAGCAGCUAUGGGCACGGGCCGGAAGCAUCCAUGCGACUGGAGUACGUUUGGAAAGGGUAACGCUGCUCCCCGCUCGCUUCUUGUGACAUACAAGGACAACCCCCCAAGAAAAAUCAGACUUCCCCUAUCAAUUUUGGUUAGUGCAGCAGGCUCCCUUAAACACCGAGAUGAACAACAAAUUUUCCAGUAGAUGACUGUUCAUUAGUCAUUGCAAUCUUAUUGUAGUUGUAGAAAAGUUGAAUUAGCACGGUGGGUACCUGUCACGUGCAGCAGGCUUGGAACUAAAUAGAAGGCGAGAUUCUCAAAUGAAUGAAAAAGUAAAGCAGAAAAACCCGC